AGGUGCGCCACUCUGUAUAUAUCUAUUACAUUAUAUCGAAAUUUAUAUUAUAUCAUAUAAAAUUGUCUAUUCUCUUAAAUAAAAUUCAACCUGUAUUAAGAUCAAUAAAUAUAUUUUGCAUGUGUGGUGUCGGUCUUAUUGCUUUUGCAUAUUAAAUUUUCGUCAUUACAUCUUGGUGUUAGCCAUUUAAUACGUCACAUAGCUUAAACUUAUGUAUGGGUGAUUUGUUAUUCGUAUGUUAUAGAUUAGAGCACAGCAGCGACAACGAAUGUAGUUGUACAUGUAGCCAAAUAGUAUGCAAUUUUGAAGAUAAUUUGUGUGAGAUAGCACUUGCAAAAGAAAAUACUGCUAAUCCAAUUAUAAAAUGUCAACACGGAACUACUUUUUCAAAAGACCCUUUCAAAGAUGGAUUUGAAAAUAUCGAUCUAAAUUCAACCGUUCCUAAUUCUAAACAGGAAAGAACUAGGUGUGGCUUAAACGAGGAAGAUGUUGCAAACCAAAUUAAAAUUGAAAGAUGUAAGAAUGAUAAUUCAUUGGCUCAAAGCACUUUGGUCCAUCCAGAAUUUGUUUGUGUCGAUGGAAGAAAUGUUUGCCUUCAGGAAAACCCUUCGUAUUAUGACCCUAAUGAAGUAACUACUGAACCAAGUUAUGAAUACGUAUCCAGAAGUAAAAGAGGUUCCCUUGAACCAUCUCAUGAAAAAUCUGAACAGACGACUGCUGAUAAUAGACAGAAAAGAAUUAAGUGUGGCUUAAGCGAGGAAGAUGUUGCAAACGAAAUAAUUAUUGAAGGGUUUAAGAAUGAUAAUUCAUUGGCUCAAAGCACUGUGGUCUAUCCAGAAUCUGAUUGUGUGGAUGUAAGGAAUCUUUGCAUUCACGAAAAUCGUUCGUAUUAUGGCCCUAAUGAGGGGAAUACUGAACCAAGUGAUGAACACGUUUCCAGAAGUAAAAGUGGAUCCCUUGAACCAUCUAUUGAAAGAUCUGAACAGAUGACUGCUGAUAAUAGACAGAAAAGAAUUAAGUGUAGCUUAAGCGAGGAAGAUGUUGCAAACGAAAUAAUUAUUGAAGGGUUUAAGAAUGAUAAUUCAUUGGCUCAAAGCACUGUGGUCUAUCCAGAAUCUGAUUGUGUGGAUGUAAGGAAUCUAUGCAUUCACGAAAAUCGUUCGUAUUAUGGCCCUAAUGAGGGGAAUACUGAACCAAGUGAUGAACACGUUUCCAGAAGUAAAAGUGGAUCCCUUGAACCAUCUAUUGAAAGAUCUGAACAGACGACUGCUGAUAAUAGACAGAAAAGAAUUAAGUGUAGCUUAAGCGAGGAAGAUGUAGCAAACGAAAUAAUUAUUGAGGGAUUUAAGAAUGAUAAUUCAUUGGCUCAAAGCACUUUGGUCCAUCCAAAAUCUGUUUGUGUCGAUGGAAGAAAUGUUUGCCUUCAGGAAAACCCUGCGUAUUAUGACCCUAAUAAAGGAACUACUGAACCAAGUGAUGAAUACGUAUCCAGAAGUAAAAGAGGUUCCCUUGAACCAUCUCAUGAAAAAUCUGAACAGACGACUGCUGAUAAUAGACAGAAAAGAAUUAAGUGUGGCUUAAGCGAAGAAGAUGUUGCAAACGAAAUAAUUAUUGAAGUAUUUAAGAAUGAUAAUUCAUUGGUUCAAAGCACUGUGGUCUAUCCAGAAUCUGAUUGUGUGGAUGUAAGGAAUCUUUGCAUUCACGAAAAUUGUUCGUAUUAUGGCCCUAAUGAGGGGAUUACUGAACCAAGUGAUGAACACGUUUCCAGAAGUAAAAGUGGAUCCCUUGAACCAUCUAUUGAAAGAUCUGAACAGACGACAACUGGUUCUAGACAGAAAAGAAUUAAGUGUGGCUUAAGCCAGGAAGAUGUUGCAAACAAAACAAUAAUUGAAAGAUUUAAGAAUAAAAAUUCAUUGGCUCAAAGCACUGUGGUCCAUCCAGAAGCUGUUUGUAUGGAUGUAAGAAAUAUUUGCAUUCAGGAGGACCUUUCGUAUUAUGACCCUAAUGAGGAAACUACUGAAUCAAGUGAUGAACACGUUUUCAGAAGUAAAAGAGGAUCCCUUGGACCUUAUAAAAAAUCUGGACAGAGGAAAAUUUGUAGAACUACUGCUUCUAGAACUUCGGAUACACCAAGCACCAAGCGGCUUUUGAAUGAACAAAACAUUCAACUAAGAAAUACUGAAUUAUUUGAGUUGCAUUCCUCUACAAACAACGAUAUUAUUUGCGACACUAUUAGAAAUAGUAUGACGGGAGAUUCUGAGAAAACCAUUACGUCCAAUCUUCGCAGUGCUCCAGAACAUGUAAUUGAUAAUGAUACUAUUACCAGUACAGUUGAAUCAGUCCAUAGUGUUGACAAAAAGUCGGCAAAAACACUGUCUUUUCAAGAUUACAAAAGAAAAUAUGGACAGUUUCGCCGUUCCAGUACAGAUCACAAGAAGCGAGAAUUUUCACUCGAUGGUAAAAUUAAUAGUUUGAACAUUGACAUAGGAACUCACAAAACCAAUAAUUUUGAUACCACUAUAAAUACAGAUGCUGAUACAAUAUUAUACAAUAUGUACAAAGGAUCGCUUGUAAAUAACUAUACAGUAACAUGUACUGGAGAGAAAAGACAGGGAUCAGAAAAUGCUAUUCAAUAUUACAUAGACCUUGAAAAUUCAUAUAUUCCUGAUACUCAAUUAAUCAAAUGCAUUGUGUGUUUAGAAAAUAUCGAAAGUAUUGACACACUAGCAGUACAUUUUUGGGUAAAUCAUAGAGAUCAACCGAUAGACAAAAUUGUAUCCGUGUUCUGUGAAGUAUGCGGUGAGAAAAUUAACACAGCAUAUUCUAACAAUCACUUUCAUCUUUACAAAUUUGAAUGUGUCUGUUGUAAUGAGGCAUUCGAAAAUACCGACCGCCUAAUGUCGCAUUAUAUUGUCUCUCAUCCGAAGGACAACAAAGAGGAAUUAGAAUUCCGAUCUAUUGGUACCCACCACACAACUUAUUUCUGUAACUUUUGUGGAGCUCAAUUUUUCUUCAUUGCUAGUUUGUUUAGACAUAAAAAUGGAUAUCACAGUAAUAUAUUGAAUAUUCUUAAAAUGAAGGAAUGCGCUGAUGCGCAUGUAGAUUCAAAUGAGGAGCCGUCCAGGGACAUUGAGGAGUCUAUAAACUACGCAAACGAAGAAUUCGAGCAGACAAUAUAUGACUUUCAAUGUGAUUUAACGGAUUGUACGUCACCGAUACAAAUGAACUCUGAAGAUGGUUUGUCUUGGGGAGAGAAACAACAGCAUAAACCAAGCAGUUCGAUUACCAAGAAAGCUACCCAUCGAAACUAUAAUGAAAACCCAUCCACUACUCAAGAUGUAGAAGAUCCAAAUAAAUGUAUACGAUACAACCGAGAUCCAAGACGUCAAAGAUUCCGAUAUUAACAAAGUUGCGAGUCUUGUAAAGUUCAAAUUAAUAAACACUACAAUAGCACAACAAGAGUUGUAAAAAAAUUUAUUUACACAUAAUAAUUAUUGUACAGUGAUAUACAUUUUAUUUUUUCCAAAAGAAUAAAUUUAAAUGCCAAAAAAUGCAUGCAAAAUAUUUUUUAGUAUAUUUUUUUUGAUCAAAUUGUGUACUUUACAAUCAAAAUUUGACAGUAAUUAUUGUACCUUAGAAUAAUUAUAUUCUAAAACGCUUUAAAUGUUACCAAAACAUCAUAGAAAAAACCUUACAAAAUGUUCUAACAUAUUGGUAAAUUAGUAUUUAAUUGGCAAAAUAUAAUUCUUCAGUAAAUAAAAUUGUAAGCAUUACAAAUAAAAUUUGAUAGUGAAUAUUGUACCUAAUUAGAUUUGUAGAAAGCUUUUCAAUUUUAGGCUAUAAUUCUAUAUUUUUUGGGCUAGAACAUUUAUUGUAAAAACAAAUUAUAGUAUUUAUAGUCAAGUUCAAAUACCUACCUCUUACCCCAAAAGUUUUAUAACGCUGUCAUAUUGCACAGUAAUGAUAGAACUUUUUUUCUGAUUUCAAAAAUGCACACAGGGCCACACACGCUCUUUCUUUUUAAUAGCUAGUUAUUAAAAUUUUAUGAAUUAAGCAACCAUUAGAUGUAUAUACCGGUUGCGUCUCAAA